AUGAGGAGACCUUUUACUAUGACAAUGGAAGAAGAAAGCGUCGCAUUGUUGCUACAGCAGCUCCAGGAGCUCCGUACAGAGAUGCGGACUCAGAAACAACAGCUCCAAGAAGAGAAUAACAGCUUACGGGCGGAACUACAGGCCGUACGGAACUCGCAACUGAGAAACCAUCCACCAGUUACCACUACAGUUACAUCCGCAACGCCCACCCCCUACGAACGAAGCUAUCCCCGUCCUCGUCACCCGGAUGUCGAACCCUUUACUGGAGAAGACCCUAAGGACUACCCUCCUUUCCAGAUGAACCUUCACAAGGCCUUUGGUGACCCUGACCGACAGAGAAAGGCUCUUGUACGAGUGAAUACAAUGAAGCAAGGGAAACGUGACUUUGAAGAGUUCUUGAAUGAAUUUGACGAAGAACUUCUUAAUGCUGGAGGGAUUAAUUGGGAUGAUAACCAGAAGAAGGCCUUGUUGGACACGGCAAUUAAUGUUGAGUUGCUAAAAGCCAUGGUUGGUAUUAGGCAGGAGGAUUCGUACGACAACUACUGUAAUCAACUGCGCGAAAUCAACCACAACCUCCAGAGAGUGGCCAGGCUUACACGAAAAGGAUCUCGCGCUGCUGUCCCCACGCAUGUCGCUCGUACAAGACCAGCAGGAGGCUCUGACCGGACCGGGACCCCUGAUCAAAUGGACUGGGAAGCCACCCAUGCUCAAAUUGCAGCCCUACAAAAGGAAGUCGCGGCCCUCCGUACGAAAGGGACCAGGACCCCAAGAAAAGCUAGUCAGGCGCCUGCAGAGGAGAAGCAAAAGAGGUUGUCUGAGGGCAAAUGCCUACGCUGCGGUGAUCCUGACCACUUUAUACAAGAGUGCCCUACAAAACCUACCAGGCGCCCUAGGCAGGUGGCCACAGUUCAGGAAGAACAAGACCAAAUGGAUGACUACAGCGAGAGCGAGUCGGAAAACGAAUAA